GGCGCUGUGCAUCAUCUCCUGUAGCCUCAGCUCCAUACAGACAGUGAGAGACAGCCAUGGAGAGGCGGAGAGCGGACUGCUUUCUUUGUUAUUUUUAAACUCUUGCAAUUCGCAACAAUGACACUGUCGGCUGGGACUCGUGUCGGUCCGAUAGCCCGAUGCACUCGCAAGCAGAAAGAUUCUCACCGGAGUUCUUUUGCAGUGGCAUAAGUAGAACUCUGGAUCGAAUAGUUGUGCAGUGUGGGCUCUACGGGGACGUGGUAUAUGGAUGCUGGGACUAUGAGCAUAAGCGACAAACGGGGCUACUUAGCAGACCUAGGAGGCAGCUUCACUGAGGAUGCUCCCAGACCUCCUGUCCCCGGUGAAGAAGGAGAGCUCAUAUGCAGCGAUGGUCGCCAGCACAGCAACCUCGGCUUCUCCUCGAAGAAUGAGAGCCUCAAAUGUGAGCCGUCUGUGGCUACACCCAGGCGAUCUGACUUGGACCUGGGCUACGAGCCGGAGGGCAGCGCUUCGCCAACACCACCCUACUUAAAGUGGGCGGAAUCUCUUCAUUCUCUCCUGGAUGACCAGGAUGGCAUCCUGCUGUUUAGGACGUUCCUCAAGCAAGAGGAAUGUGCAGAUAUGUUGGACUUCUGGUUUGCCUGCAGUGGUUUUCGGAAACUUGAAGCCAGUGAGGUUACUGAGGAGAAGAAGGUGAAACUGGCAAAGCUGAUAUAUAAAAAAUACAUCCUGGACAACAAUGGGAUUGUCUCUAGACAGAUCAAACCAGCUACAAAGUCCUUCAUCAGAGACUGUGUGAUGAAGCUUCACAUUGAUCCUGCCAUGUUUGAUCAGGCUCAGACUGAAAUACAGACUAUGAUGGAGGAAAAUACCUAUCCAUUAUUCCUUAAAUCUGACCUAUAUUUGGAAUACACACGGACAGGAGGUGAAAGCCCAAAGUUGUACAGUGACCAGAGCUCGGUUUCUGGCAAUGGAAAGGGGCUAUCGAGCUAUUUACCACCUUUAAAGGAGUAUGAGGAAUGGAGAUGCGACCAAGGACCAGAGGAGCUGCCUGAGUGUGACCCCACGCCAAGCAGCCGUCUGACUCAGAAGCUGCUGAUGGAGACGGCACAGCAACGAGUUGCCAACAGCACAAGAUUCCAGGACAGUCACGAGUACAGGCAUGCACCAUGUCGGGAGACAAUCAACCCGUACUACGUCAACACUGGCCAUGUUAUGGCUCCUGCCACCAGCGCCAAUGACAGUGAGCAACAGAGCAUGUCCAGUGACGCAGACACCAUUUCCCUUACGGACAGCAGUGUAGAUGGGGUUCCACCCUACAGAUACCGCAAGCAGCAUCGCCGCGAGAUGCAUGAAAGUGCCAGAGCAAAUGGGCUAGUGCCACUACCUCAUAUUCCACGCCCAAACCGGAUUCCAAAGGAUAUACACGUGGAGCCAGAAAGGUUUGCUGCAGAGCUGAUCAGGAGACUGGAGGGCGUACUGAAAGAGAGGGAGGCCCAGGAGAAACUAGAGGAACGACUGAAGCGAGUACAGUUGGAAGAGGAGGCUGACGAAGUCAUGAUGGCCACAGCAACAUCAUUAUCCAGUCACAGGUUCCCCCCUGGUGCUUAUUCACAGAAUUACAACCCCCGCUAUGCUGACAACACCUACAGCGCUCCUUUUGUCGGAGAUGCUCAUGAAGAAAACCCAGAGAGCAUCUUGGACGACCACGUGCAGCGAGUCAUGAAGACCCCGGGCUGCCAGUCGCCGGGAACCGGCCGUCAUUCUCCGAAGUUGCGCUCACCAGACGGUUUCCCAGGGAUAAAAGGGAUUGGAAUGCCAGGCCAGGGUAAACAUGCAUCCAGGCACGGUUUCAAGGGAGAAACUAGCCACUUGUACCACCACAAACACCAUAGCCACCACACCAGCGUGGGCAAGCCCAAAGAGCAGGUGGAAGCUGAUUUAGUCACGCAUGUGCACGGGAGCUUUCCCUGGAGCAUCGAGUCAAGUCAUUACGGAUCAAAGUCUCGCAGCUAUGCAGACGGCAUGGGAUCCAACCCCAUGGACUAUGCAGGGUACAUCGGGAGAGGUGGCACACAGUGUAAAAGAGCAUCAAAGAGAGGUGAGGAAUUGCGGCCUUAUGACAUGCCGGGGCCUGGAGAGGAGAUGGAGAAAAACCAGAAGAUCCUUUUGUGGCUGAUGGAAGGACAGAAAGAAAUGGUUCAGCAUAAGAGAAGCCCAUAUGGACAUAAAGCUACUAAAAAGCAGCCAUGUGAAAACAUUACUGUGGCGUACUACUUCUGUGAGGAGCUGAUACCUUACAGGACUUCUGUCAAAGGGAGGGUUGUCACGCUGGGCCAGUUCAAAGAACUGCUAACAAAGAAAGGAAAUUACAGGUAUUAUUUCAAGAAGGUAAGCGAUGAGUUUGACUGUGGGGUGGUGUUUGAAGAGGUACGUGAAGAUGACGCUAUCCUGCCCAUCUUUGAGGAGAAGAUCAUUGGCAAAGUAGAGAAAGUUGACUAAAUUUUAAAGAGGAGAGAGCCGAGUAGCCAGCGUAUGAUGGACUGAGGAGCAAGUGGAUGGUGAAGAGGAAGUGCUUUACAAAGGAGAAUGGAUAAGGAGGAAAGAAAAAAGGUGGAUCCAGAGUCAGAAGAUUAUAGUAGUGGUCAUUGACUUCUGUAUCACGGCUGCAGUGAAGUUGGACUUGAAGAAGAAAAAUCUCAUUUUCCUUUUGGAGUGUAAUGUAGCAUUGUAACGUUUACUAGAAAACAAGAACAAAAAGUGCUACUAAUGCUACGUAUUUUUGAUAAUGACUUAUCAAAGGGUUUCCUUUCUAAAAUAACUACACUUGUAAUUUUUAUAUGUAUUCAUACCAGAUGUGUACAGUUUGUGUUAAAACACAGCAAAAAUUUUCUAUCUAUUUAAGUAUUUAAAUUGCUACUUUUAAACCUAAUUAAAGCUGAAGCGUCGCCCCUCGUGAAGACGAUCCGAUUCCUCGAUAGGGCUGAUUCUUGUUUGCUUUUUUUCAUCAAUUGUAAGAGCCCUCUGGACGCUAAUGUUUGUGACUUUCAAAGUGCUUUUAAUACUUCACUUCUCAGAACUUUAUUUAGAGGCAUUAAAUCAGACUGCUUGUUCGUUAUAUUAUAUACUACUGACUCGGUGUAGACCUUCUAAAGAACCCAUUCUUGCAACCCAGUGUAGGAAUGUCACAUUUGAUUAAUGUAUUUAAAAUAUAUUUAAAAAGUCCAAUACAGAACAGAUUAUAAUGUCUGUUUUAUGGCUCAGUCACACAUGAGUAAAAGUAGGAUGGCAACCUUCUUGCAACAGUUUGAUUGCACUGAAUUUGGUUUUUUUUUAUUAGUCCUUUAUUUAUCCAGGUAAAAAAUCUCAUUGAGAUUAAAAAUC